GUUCGACGUAACAUAAAACUGAUUUAGAGAGAGAGAGAGAGAGAGAAUGGCAUGGAGCGCCCCUGUCGCCUCGAAGUCCUUCCAUGUACCGGCGGUGAACACAGAAGCACCGUGCUCUGUGCCGGUGGCCAGCCUGAGUUCAUGGAGGGGCUCGACUUCCUCGCAGCGAUUGAAGCUGGUUGCUUGCUUAAGCACUUCAACUUACGGGAGAAUAGAGACUGAGGAUCAGAAAUUCCCCAACAGGAUCGAAAAUGAAUUGGUGUUCCACGGUGGAUUUAUGAUGCCUCAGACCAAUUCAUUUGGCCACAACUUUAGGGAUUAUGAUGCAGAAAGUGAGAGGCAACAGGGUGUAGAGAAUUUUUAUGGCAUCAAUCACAUUCACCAAACUUAUGACUUUGUGAAGAAGAUGAGAGAAGAGUAUGGAAAAUUGGACAAGGUGGAGAUGAGCAUAUGGGAAUGCAGUGAACUUCUAAACGACGUCGUGGACGAGAGUGAUCCCGACUUGGAUGACCCUCAGACUGAGCACUUGUUGCAGACAGCGGAAGCCAUCAGAAGAGACUAUCCCAAUCAGGACUGGCUGCACUUGACUGCCCUUAUCCACGAUCUUGGGAAGGUUCUUCUUCAUCCUAGCUUUGGAGAGCUUCCUCAAUGGGCUGUUGUAGGUGACACAUUCCCUGUUGGUUGUGCUUUCCAUGAAUCAAUUGUUCAUCACAAGUAUUUUAAGGAAAAUCCAGACUACAACAAUCCUGCUUACAACACUAAAUAUGGAGUUUACUCCAAAGGCUGUGGACUCAGCAAUGUGAUGAUGUCCUGGGGGCAUGAUGACUACUUGUAUAUGGUGGCCAAGGAGAACAAAACAAGUCUACCAUCAGCAGCACUUUUCAUAAUUCGGUACCAUUCCUUUUAUGCUUUACAUAAAACAGGAGCUUAUAAGCACUUAAUGAAUGAGGAAGAUUUUGAGAAUCUGAAAUGGCUCCAAAUAUUUAACAAAUAUGACCUAUACAGCAAGAGCAGGGUUCGAAUUGAUGUGGGAAAAGUGAAGCCAUACUAUCUCUCUCUCAUAGAAAAGUACUUCCUCCCUGCAAAGCUAAGGUGGUGAAGAAGGACAUGGUGAAUUAAUUGGUGAUGAUUGGUUACGUUAGACCAAAUUAAUUAGUAGAUUAUAUGAUCCUCCGAGACUUAAGAUUUAGUUGCAUUUCCUUUUAUGAAGUAAUAUCAUAGUUAUGGUUUAUAUGUAAAAUAUUUCCUUCGUUGUAUUCAGCAUAAUUAAGUUCCUCCAGUUUGUUAGUGAGCAACAAAAGAAUAAAGUUUAUUACAUAUACGUCUUUCAAGUGAGAGGGAUAAACUA